CUAGCUACAAUAUUACAUAUUUAUCAAUAAACCAUGACUGACAUUACAUUAUUGCAAAUAGAGAUGUAGAUGUACAUUGUAAAUUCUAUUUAUAUUUAUAAUGGCGCUUGCAGCUUUGCAGAACAGCGGUGUGUUUUAUAGGAGGAUUUUAUCUCAGUUUCCUCAGGACACUAGCUUAGCAUUUGCUUAUGGAUCAGGUGUAUUUAAACAAGCUGGUACUACUCAAGGUCAGAUGAGGAGCAACAUGCUGGACUUCGUCUUUGCCGUGGACGACCCUGUUACAUGGCACACCAUGAACCUCAUAGAAAACAGAAAGCACUACUCUUUUCUGAAAUAUAUGGGACCGAAUCAGAUCGCCAGAAUCCAGAAUGAGUACGGAGCCGGGGUGUACUACAACACCCUAGUGCCGUUGGAUGAAAGGCUGAUCAAGUACGGCGUUAUCAGUACGGACGUGUUGAUGGGCGACCUGCUGCACUGGAGAACCAUGUACGUAGCAGGCAGACUGCACAAACCUGUGCGGAUUCUGAUGCAGAAGGAGAACGGGAGGCUGAGGGCCGCCCUGGUGUCGAAUCUGAAGAGCGCCGUGACCGCCUCCUUCCUCAUGCUGCCGGAGAGCUUCUCUGAGGAGGAACUCUUCCUCAACAUCGCCGGACUCUCCUACGCUGGGGAUUUCAGGAUGGUGAUCGGCGAGGACAAAUCCAAAGUUUCCAACAUUGUGAGGGACAACAUGGAGCACUUUCGCAUCCUAUAUAACAACAUUCUGCAGGAAUGUCCACAGGCCGUUUACAAACCACAGCAGGGGAGACUAGAGGUCGAUAAGAGUCCAGAGGGGCAGUUCACCCAGCUGAUGGCUCUCCCCCGGACUCUGCAGCAGCACAUCACCCGACUGGUGGAUCCUCCGGGGAAGAACCGGGACGUGGAGGAGAUCCUGCUACAGCUCGCCCACGACCCAGACUGUGGCCUGCUCGUACAGCAAGGCAUCUCAUCAAUAGUGAAAACCUCCAGCAUAACACAAAGUGCCAAAGGAAUCGCCACAGCAGGACUGAUGAAGACGGUCUCGUACAGCGUUAAGAAGCUGAGGAAGAUGUUUAAAGGCUGGAGGAGGAAAACCUGAUCUGUACAUCCUGUUUACACUCUGUCAUGUCCACCGAGCUAUUAUUCUUAGUUUUUUGUGUUUUUUUGUUGUUUGUGGAAUGAAAUAUUCAUAAAAUAUGAUUUUUUAAAACUUGUUUAAGUGUCAUACUUAUAAUACCUCACCACGAACUAGUCAACAAUGAUUUCUUUAUUUAUUCCAACAGUAUUAAACAAUAUAUGAUGUAAACACUUCUGUAAUAGGGUCACGUUACAUUUUUAGCUGAACUCUUGUUAACACAUGAAACCGUUGUUGUUUUAUUUCGUUAAAAACUUUGCCAAGGCCGCUCAGGUGGUGCAGCGGUAAAAAGAAACGCGAGUGCAACCAGGGCUGGAUUCUGAGAGCGUGGUAUCGAAUCCAGCCUUGCUUUACCGGUUCGAAGCUGAGUGGCUAUAUGAGCAACGAUUGGCCGGUUGCUCAUGUGGGGGGUGGGACAAAGAACCGGAUGUGGGUCUCUCUCUGUCAGAAUGCGAUUGCGUUCUCUGCCGGCUGAUUGGAGGCGCUUACACAGAGAUGGGAGGGGGUGUGUCUCUCCGCAUGCAACGCUAGGUGGCGCCAAACUCGUCAAUGUGUGGGUGGCAAAGAUGCAUCUGGCUGCUGCUCGUGUUUCGGAGGGGAUAUGGGUUAGCUUCAAUCACCUCCGUCAGGGCAGGGUUCGGCAUAGACAGAGAGGAAGCACGAUGCUAAUUGAACAAUUGGAUGCGCUAAAAAAGGGGGGUAAAAAUUAAAAAAAAAAAAAAAAAAAAAAAACUUUGCCAAGUCUGGUAUGAGGACCAGAUCCAGAGUGGUGACCCCUAAAUAUGGGAGAAGAAGAAAAAAUAUUGCAUAUUGUUUUGGUGUUUGUAGUUUAAAUUGAGGGUGUUAUUUUCAUUCGAUUAUAUUUUUGUCCUGGUCAGGUUGCCCGUGUCUGUGUGGGUUUCCUCCGGGCGCUCCGGUUUCCUCCAGCAGUCCAAAAACAUGCAAGUGAGGUGAACCGGAGAUACAGAAUUGUCCAUGACUGUGUUUGAUUUUAAAAACUUGAACUGGUGAAUCUUGUGUGAGCAGUAACUAUCUGUCCUGUCAUGAAUGGAACCAAAGUGUGUAAAAUAUGAGGUUAAAAUCUUAAUAAAUAUAUAAAUAAAUAAAUAUCCUGGUCAGGGUCUUGUUGAGUCCAGUUCUGCUGGGGAAACACUGGGCCCAAGGCAGGAACAUCCUACACAGGGUGGCAUUCCGUCUCAUGGCUUUUUGUCUUGUGUAAAGUUUUCAGACUGUGUUUUGUCAUUAGUCUGAUAAUUUGCAUAUAUACUACAAAUAAUAACAAUAAUAAAUAUGAAUUCAAGGUAAACCAGUU